AUGACUACAAAUAUGAGUGAUCCGUUAUUUUGCUUUUUCGUAAUAUUUUCUCAUGGAAUCAAAGUCUUUUAUACAAAUCGUAGUUUAGGUGAAUAUCUCUCUGCACAUCACUAUCUCUUCAAACAGUGCACGGUUCUUGAAUUAGGUGCUGGUUGCACUGGGAUACCAGGAUUAGUAGCUUCAAAAUGUGGAGCGAAGUUGGUUAUUUUCACGGAUCAUCCUCAGAAUGAUGAGGCUUUUAAAAUGUUGGAGCAGAACUGUCAGCAAAAUGGUCUUGAUAUUAAUUCUUUCAUGAUAAAGGACCUAGAUUGGAAUAGUCUGGACUUGAAUCAGACCUGUAAUGACAUACAAGUACUGGACUACAUUUUAGCAGCUGAUGUCUUUUACGAUUUUUCCGUCUUUGUAUCCUUACUACGUACUAUUAGAACUUUGCUGGAAAUGUAUCCGAAAGCAGCAUGUAUAUUUGCCUAUGAAGAACGAAAUUUAAUGUGGCUUCCUGAUUUUGAAAUUAAAAAUUAUGACUUUUUCAGCAGCAAUUGGUCUAUCGAACAUUUGCUUCUAGUCAACAAAUUAUGUUGUAGACGCGUACGUAUAGUUGAUACCAGUCUUCAUUCAAUUCACAUUGGAAUUAUUUGCAGAGAAACUGAUUUCAUGGAAGCAUCACGAAUAUUUGCAGGGAUCGAAGGUGGUGCAACACAUUCCAAAUUACUGUUUAUUGAUGAAACGGGUAGAAAAUAUGGCGAGUGGACUAAUUCAGGCUUGAAUUACUGUCUGGACGGAUUUGAUAUUGUAGGCGACAGGAUAGCGAAAUGGAUUCAUCUAGCAAAAAAGGAAGUUGGAAUAGUUGGUCCGCUUGCAGCUGUGGGAAUGGGUCUCUCAGGAGCUGAGGAUGAAAAAAAUAAUCAACAAUUUAUUGAAUUUUUGAAAGACCAACAUGGUGACAUAGCUAUUGAAUUUUCAGUCUCUUCAGAUGCUGUUGUUGCGAUUGCAGCUUCUUUCCGCAAAGGCGGUGUGGUGGUCAUUUCGGGCACCGGUUCAACGUGUCGUCUUUUAAAGCCAGAUAAUACUGUAUAUGGUGUUGGCGGUUGGGGACAUCAAAUCAGUGAUGGCGGUAGCGCUUUUUGGAUUGCUAGAAGGCUGGUGCAAUAUAUAUUUGAUGAAGAAGAUGGACUUUUUCCAUCUCCUUAUCCGAUUUCGAAUAUUAAGCAUCUGUUCUUGGAAUUUUUUGACUUAUCGGAUAAGACGGGUAUUUUGGAGGUUUUGUACACUGAUUUCGAUAAAUCCAAAUUUGCAGCUUUUACCGCCUACGUAAUCAAAGAAGCACGUGAUGAUCCACUUGUUCAGCAUGUAUUUUGUGAUGCGGGUGAAUUACUUGGUUCAUACGUUAGAGCUAUUUCUAAAAAUUUUGAUGAGGAAAUGUUCAUUAAUACUCCAGUCUUAUUAAUUGGUUCUGUUUGGAAAAGCUGGGAAUUAUUAAAAAGUGGUUUCAUAUGCGGUCUCAGAAGUAGUGGUAGUCGUAUUAGACAAGUUACGCUUCAUACACCUUUGGAAACACCUGCAUUGGGAGCUGCUAUUCUGAAUAAUGAUAUACAUGGACGGGGUUGGAUUGUGUGCAAUAUGUGUUAUCGUCAGUUUGUGCGAAUAUUUUUUUCUGAGAUGCCAAGCGAUGAUGAUAUACCGGGGCGCGAUUGGAUUAUGUGCAAUAUAUGUUGUCGUGCGGCUUCAUCUUCUCCAUCCUGCAUCUCAUUUUAUCUUACGAAGUGUGGGCAUAUAUUUUGUAACAAAUGUUUAAUAGGUAUUGCAUCUUUCGAAGGAACAUCUAGAAAAUGUCUAUAUUGCAAGAAGGAAAUCUCGAUAUGCAAGAUUAGUCGGGAUAUGCCGAUCACGGCUCAGGCAUAUUUGCAAUCUCCAAAAGAUUUACUGGCUGAAUCGAUGGCAGAAAUUUCGCAAGUGCUCAAAUUUCAGGCGACGCAUGCUUCAUAUUUAGGAAAACGAUUUAAUUCAAUGGUGAAACUUAAUUAUGUAAACCGUGGGUCGACUGGUGCAAAUAGAAAUGAUUAUGAUAAACUUCAUCGGUUUUGUUAUGAAGUGUUACGAAAGAAAACAGAGUUGGAGAGGGAGUUGUUGGAUAAAGUUGAACCGAUGUCAGAGAAUGGAAUAAUUAAUGAAAAGAAGGAGAAACCUUCAUCUAUAGCGAUGACUACGAAGAACGACUUACAUUCUAAUCAGACAGUCGAUGUUACGGAAACAUCAGUCAUUUCUGGUUUGACUCUUCCAGAAAAUCAAUAA